UAUAUGCCAAGAAAAAUACAUUUUUCAAGCUCUUGCUGCAGUGACUAUAGCAAAUUCCCAAAAUUCGGAAUGGUUUCCAAACAUUGGUGCCUCAACGUAUAUGACAGGAAACCCAGGUAAACUGCAAAACCUUCGAUUUUAUAGUAUUAGAAAUACAAUCAUGAUUGGCAAUGGUGAAGUGAGCAAUGUUGAAAUCUGAGGAUGAGGUUGUCAGAGCUCUCAAACAUCGAUUUUGUCGAAUCCGUGGGAGCUUGCUGUCCUUAGAUUUAUGGAAGUGUGAUUCCACACCUUCGGCUAUGAAGGCUGAUGUUCCUGGUGGACAUUCUAAGGAUCACCAUGUAAGAGAGAUGCAGGUGUCGAAGAAACCCCAGUCACCGGCGACGGUAGUUCCCCAAGUCAAAGUUAACCGCCAAGUUGGAUCCCGACGAAAUCCUAGGGAACUGAAAAUUCAAAAAAGGGUAACCCCAAAAAUUUCAAAAAGUUGGGUGGCUAUGGGGUGUUUCCUGGAAUAUUCGCAAGGUUUCUCCAUUUACUUUCAUAACCCCCCAGCACCUACGUUAAGAGAUAUGGAAGGUUUGAAUAGGGUUUUCCCAACUGAGAUUUCGAAAAAUACAGAUUUUAUGCCAAAAAUGGUGCCUAACGAGUGGAUACUUGAUGAUGCUUCACCGGCACAGUGUGGUCGCUUGGAGACAGUAGCUGAUGUUCCAUCAAAUUUUUUAUGCGAAUUUGGUGCCAAAGUUUAGGCGGCACCUUUUGCUGAUACCUUGUCAUGCACGCCUGGGGAAAGAUCUUCAUGCCAUCAGCUCACCUUUGGGAAACAGUCCAAAGUACGGGUGGUUGCUUGUCCCCCGGUUACCAUGCCUAAGGAGAUUUCUCUUCCUUGUUUGAUCAAAUAAGAUAGCACACCUCACUUUCCUAAGGAGUUCUCCUUGGUUACUGCUCUGGUUUUCCUCUUUGUUCACUGGAAAGGUUUCGGUCGAGCGUGGUAUGUGGUGAUCGUCUGUGCUAUCCUCAACUAUAAGAUGCAUCCUUUGCCUUUCCGGUAUGCAAUGGCUAAGGGCUAUCCCAAGAAGAGUCGCAACCGUUUUGACCCCUUGCUUAUUGAUCAUUUGGCGAUUGUGAUGGUGGACCCAGAUGAACCUCGGCUUUUGUUGGAGUCAAAUGAGGUUCAUGUUGUAUCUCCCCCUGUGGAUGCUCCUGCGGACAGUUCUGCGUUGGAUGAUGCGUCUAUUACAACCUCAGACUUGGCCAUGGUGAUGCUUCCUGAGCUACUACCUUUGGUGGUCCUUCCCUCACCUACUGAUGCAAGUAAAGAUAAAAUGGAUGAUUCUCCCUUGGUCCAAAAGUUGUUGAUCGAUAUGGGUAUGGAGAAUGUUCCUUUGGCGAUGGUGAUGUCUGAGAUCCGUAAACACAAGAAAGCUAAAGAUGCAGUGAAGGAUAAGGAUCUUCCCAACCCAACUGGAUUGAGCCCUGCUAAAGAUUCGGUGAUUUGUACCUCGAGUGGAAAGGAAUUAGCUUGGGCUAAGGGGAAGAAAAAUUUUCAUCGUGGUGUUCGUUCCUCGGCUAAGUUGGGGGCUCGGGGCAUUCCUAAAAGAGGUGUUCUGAAUUCUGGAAUUUCUUUCCAUGAGCCUGAGUUGGUUGAUCUUGGCACAUUGUCCUCUUCCUCGCUGUCUGAUGAUGAUGGGUGGGAGGACAUGUUCCUGCUUGAAGCUCGCAAAUGGGCCAGUCCUUCUGGCCUAGGUUCUUCAUCCUCUCCUCCCUCGUUUUAAUGAAUAUUUUAUUAUGGAAUGUUAGGGGCCCAGGUGAUCCCAGGCAUAAAAAGGAUGUUCGAUUUUUACUAUCUAAGCACAAACCUUUAAUUUUGGCUUUACAGGAGAACAAACUUCCUAGUCCUUCUCUUUCUAUGGCUAGGGAAGUCUAGGGCUCAGGGGAUGUCUAUUUUUGUGGUAUUGAUGUUGUUGAAAAUUCUGAUGGGAUUUGGAUUCUUUGGGACCCAUUGGUGCUUAGUAACUUUGUUUCAGUUGCUAAAGAUAAUUUCAUACUUCUGUUUUUUCCUUGAAGCGUAAUUUUAUUGAGGAGAUGUCUUCUAUGAUUAGGGAUUUUUCUUUUCCAAUUGUUAUUGGGGGAGAAUUUAAUCUUAUCAGGUGGCCUGAUGAUUGUUUAGCAAGCUACCCAAUUAAUUUCAUGAUGGGAUUUUGUAACAGGUUU